GUGUGGUUUUGGCGCGAAGAUGCUGGCCUUAUAAGCAGAAGUGGGCGCGGGCAAGAGGCACAGUAACUGUUAUGGCUCAUCAUCCUAUCAACACCUUAGGGUUUCGUCCUCCUCAGUUCUCCGAGGACUUAGCUUGGCUUCCUGGUUGGCUUCAGCAACAUCAGAUAGAACAGUUUGAUGAGUGCAUCGAGAAACUUAAGGGUACCAACUUAGAGCUAGAAUGCAAGGAUUUGAAAGUUUCUCAAGGAAAAAACAGUAAAGGUAAUGAGGCUGAUACAUUGUCAAGGGAAGAAGAUAGAAACAAAAGCUAUCAUUUAUUCUUAUCUGGGGAAGACAAUACACCUGCUGGUUUUGCUUCAUCUCCUGGAAAUGUUCUUCAUUUCCAUCUUCAUCUUUCAUCAACUGGGUUUUCACAGUGUAGCCCAACUCCACCUCAGGAUGCUUCCCAAAAUGAUCUUAAAUCCAGUAGAGUUGCAUCUGUGGAACUAAAUGACAUCUCAGUAGGUUCCAAGGACAAGACUUGUUCUGAAAUGGGGCUUAAUCUUGGUGGGAGAAAUUUUCUACCCCUGAAUUCCGUUCAGAAAUCCACGGAAGAUGUUGGUCCACAAUGUCCUUCCAAUUAUAAGAUAUCAGCAACGCAUAAAAGAGAAAAGUAUAAUGUCAAGUACCCCAAAGCAACUGAUAUGACUGCUGCAGCUGAACUCUCAAUUGCAGCAUCUGAGGCAUUGGUUAUACAUGAAAUAGUGAGGCGUGGGUUUGUUGCAGAUGCAUUGCCAACUGAAGUGGCACUUGAAGCUGCUCUUCGGGUAAAGAAAGCUCGGUUGGAGUGGUCAGUAGAUGCCUUAGACAGCCUAGCUGACGAAACAGACGAGAGUGAUUCACUUUCAGACUUGGAUGAUUUAAUGAUGGCUGAUGCAUAUGAAGAUGUAGGAUUGUCUCAUAGUAUUCCUUUUGAUGACUGCACUUGUGGGUCAGCUAUUUCUCUGGUAAAAGAAACUCCUCUCUCGGAACAGCAGCAUGAGUUUGUAAACCUAUGUGAUCCUGUAGAGCUGGGGGCUCCACAAGUCGAGUUUGAUGAUGUGUCUGCACAAAGGCAGCUAUCAGAGAACAUGGUUGUGGAUAUAUCAAAAGACAAUGUGCCUGCAACAUCUUUCAAUCAUGAGAGAGAAGAGUUCUAUGAUAACCUUGUUCCGGGUUUAAACACCUGCAAUGUCUCCAGAUACAACCAUUUAGCUCUGAAGAACUCAGAUGUUUUGGCUAGGAAACAGACAAUUGGCCCAAGUGUGGUGGAUGUAACUUCUUAUCAGCCUAAAAAAGUAGAUAUUCACCCCCAUGCUUGGAAUUCCGGAAAUGCCAGAGAUGAUAGGGUAUCUUACUUAGUAUCGGACAGGUUCAGGAGCCGAUGGCUAGGUGGUUGGACAGGCCAAGAAGUAUCUGCUGUUGGACACAUGGGACAGAAUGCUAAAAGUAUUGUGAAAUGUUUUGCUGGCGAGACAAGCUUUCUCUCAGAAUCGGCAGAUAUUUCUCCAGAUAUGAACUCUUUCGUGCAAGUUCAUGAAACUGAGUCACAUAGAAUGUCACAGUCAAGCAUACACCUUGGUCUUUUGCCUGGUGAAGCUAAUAAGGGGAUAUUACUUUCUCAAGAUGUGGUGAGAUCGUCUAGCUUGUCUUUAGUUGAUCCUCUUUGUUCAGUUGUUCCUUGCAGUAUUCCUUCAGAAAACGAAGUUCCGACAUUAGCACAGACUCAGAGGGAUAAGGAAUGUCAUACUGAAAAAUGCUUUAGACCCACCACAGAACUUGGGAUGGGGAAUUUACACAAAUCCUCAAAUCUAAUUAUUGAGGAUGGUCAAGCUACUCCUGCAAUUAAUGGUGAAGAUUCUCCUGUCACAGUUCGAAGGCAGUUUAUUUCACUGAAGACCUAUAGUACACUUCUCCCAAACCCUGUUUCCAAUGGGGGAAGCCUUUAUCAGUCAAUUAAACUAGAUUGUGAUCAGAGGCUGAUAGCCUUAGAUCAGAAUGUGGGUUGCAUUAGAUCUUCUGAUAGAAGUCGUAAAGAGCCCCUUCCUCUCAAGCCCAUAUCCAGGCAUUUAUCUUCAAGAGAUAGUAAGGAAAAUGAUAAAAUGAUCUCAAAUAGGACUCCAGUUGUAAAAAAGAAAUAUCUGAAGAGAAAAUAUAAUGAGACUAUAGGAGAUGGGAAUCAGUUACCUGUUCAGGCAUCAAAAAAGAGGAAGCAGUCUGUUUCUUCUAACCACAGGGCACACUGCCAUCUUCAGGCUUCUAAAUCAUUUGUCAACAAUUCCACUGGGGAGAAACUUCCCAAACUGGCUUUGGUGGCAGAAAAUGUUGUUGAGCUUCAACAAAACAAGGAACCCCAGAGUAUACCAUCUGAACACAAGAGUCUCCAUUGCAGAGAUGUUCCAGCAAAAAAAAGAGUUCACUUCUUUGAAGCAGAGAUUCCAGUUCAGCAGAACAAGAACCCUAAAGUACUAGAUUUUUUCACCAAAAAUUGGUUAACUGAUAGAGCAAGUAAAAAACGCAAGUAUUCAAACUAUUCCAAGUUUGAAAAUCACGAGAAAUGUUGGCGUACCAAUUCUCAUGUUAAGGCUAGGAAAAGACUGCUAUUUCAAGGUAUACAAUUCCUGCUUACAGGAUUUUCUAGGCAGAAAGAAAAGGAUCUUGAAGGAAAAAUAUGGAAACAUGGUGGUAUUGUUCUGUUUGACAUUCCUUCUCCAAAUUCAAGGGCAAACAGAAGCUUAAGAUCUAAUGGCUACCAGCUUCCUAUUAUUCUAUGUUCGAAAAAGCUACAAACAACAAAGUUUUUGUAUGGGUGUGCUGUGAAUACCUUCAUAUUAAAAGAUGAUUGGCUUACCAAUUCAAUUUCAGCAGAUUAUAUUGUACCACCUGAGCAAUACAUUAUUCUACGGAAUGAAGCUGCUGCAGAGCAUAUUAGCAUUGGGAAGCCAUUUUGUCACAAGCGUGAUUAUGUCUUUGAUAAAGUAGGAAUUAUGCUUCAUGGGAAGCAAAGUUUCUGCUGCAGAUUGGUGAAAAUAAUUAAGCAUGGAGGUGGGCAGGUCUUUAAAACCCUCCAGAGGUUAAUCCUCGAUUUGGAGAAAGAGAAGAUUUCUUGGGGAGCUAUUGUUUCUGAGGAUGAAAAGACAUCACGCCACUUGAGGCACUGUGCCGCCGAACAAAAGAUACCAAUAAUGCCAGCUAGCUGGAUCAUAAAAAGCUUGCAUUUAGGAAAGCGUCUUCCAUUUUCAGAUGCAGGCCCUUCCUCAUCUCCAGUGCUUACAAUUUCUGGGCCCAGUUUCCAUAGGAUGAGUGAAGAUGUAUAAAGAUGAACCGCUUCUGUAAGCAACUUCAUGCAGAUGUGUUGUAUGCAAUGGUUAUGUAUCCGCUCAACCAUGCAUCUUGCAUCCAUUCAACCACUAGCAAGGUACUCGUCAAAUGCUUCCUCUAUCAUCAUCAUCUUGGUUUCUCUUCCACUUGGACCAAUGAGACUUGUUUGCGCCAAGCACCUAGCAAGCACGACUGCAUCUUCUAAAGAAGCUGACCCGCCCUGUGCAAGGAAUGGAGCCGUUGCAUGCAUCGCAUCUCCUGCCAGCGUCACUGGUCCAAUUCAACUGUGUUGUCCUACUGUGACCAGUGGUGCAUGAUAUCUUAUGUACUCUGAAAUGUAAAGAUUCCAGCUGGCAGCUCUUAACAGUUUCUGCGACGCUUGUAGGGAAACCCUUCACUGAUUCAGCUGCCAGGUUUGCAAUUAAAUCUUUGCUCUUUGAGACCAGUUGAUCUGUUCAUAAAGUGGAACAAGAAGAUAAACUGGAGAGAAAAAUUGUAACAUAUAUAUUUAAAGUUGUAAUAGGAAAAAAAAAAAAAACACACACACACACACACACACACAUAUAUAUAUAUAUAUAUUGUCACAUAAUGUACUAUGUUCUCUUUUCGAAACAAAAGUAAAAGAGAGGAUAUAUAUAUAUGUAUAUUUAAAAGAUGGGGUCUGGUCUGUUCUGAAUUUUUCUUUGCAAGCAGGCAAAAAUUGUAAAUACAAGCCUGGUCACAAUUGCAGAACGGCUCAGACUUUGUUAAUUAAUUUUGAAGCUUCAGACAAGGAAUUGUUUGGCUGCCGUUUUGUAAUAUGUUUCUGACCAAACUUGGCAGUCUAACCCAACUCUUUUCUCUUGCUAACACAUUAUUUA